CGCGGGGCUUGGAGUUUUCUCCAGGGCUUAAUAUAACCCCCGCUUGCUCACCCGCUGGAACAGUCUACUCCUCAGCACCUGGCGAACUUUCCUGAAGAAAAAAAGCAGCACUGUCCGAAAUGGACCCCGGCGACUAUUAUGACCCGGAUGAUGCCAUUCCGCGAUCUCCUGGACUUCCUCCUAUCUCCUACUCGGAUCUUGAUAUCAAGACUUCUCCAUCUCUGGAUUCCCCACACUGGCUGCCUAGCGACCUCGAUCAAGUUCCUCUAGAUUUCGACGAGAACCAUUGGCGAAACACCCGGUUGUCCUUCAAAAUAGGCCUGGAUUGGAAUGUCUCUGCUUCGCUUCUUCUAAACGGCCUUACGCCCGAUCGACCGGAUAUUGUGCAAUCGAUUCUAGAAUCUGACCAAUCUCGGAGAGCUGGCAAUUAUCAGCAGUGGUGCAAUUGGAACGGAAAGAGGAUAUACCUCAAUGCCCCGGACGAUUUCAUCAGGCCUCCUCCACCUGCGAAGAAAUUGCACACGAUCGGAUCGAAAAUUUCCGGGAGUCAACGUAGGCAUGCCACUCGUCUAGGCCUCCCGCUAAGGCUGAACGCUCGCGAUGGCCCUGCAACCGUGCUGGCAUGCCCCGAUAGUGGCUCUGAGGAGAAUAUUAUCGCUGAGGACCUCGCUCGCUUACUUGGCUAUACCGAUUACGAAGCUGUUCCCCUUAACAAACAGUUUCUCUUGGCCAAUGGCAAGAUUGUCGAGUCUAAGGGACAGAUAAUUACCUACUGUUGGUUCGGGAAAGAAACCGAUCAGAUGUCAACACCGAUGGCGUGCUCGUUCUAUGUCCUUUCGAACCUAGUAUCUCCGCUCAUCUUGGGCAUGGAAUUUCUGGAAAAGACGAAAACCUUAACGGAACAUAGAGACAGACUUGUCAGGGUUCCGGCACGCCCUACCCAGGUCUUACAAGUAUGUUCUGUGGGUCGACCAAGGAACCAUCUUCUUUGCCACUUAGACGAGGAGUUGACUCUGGCGGUGCCCGACUCAGGGUCUGAAGUCAACUUGAUGUCUCCACGCUUUGCUUCAGAACGCAGUCUGCAAGUCCAAGCCAAGGAGGAGCUAAUCCAGAUGGCGGAUGGGAGCCUAGCUGUAACCUCAGGGUCACUCCAGGUGAACUUAGCGGUCCGGGAUCCAAUAUGUUGCGAGAGCACUCUCCCAAAGCAGACCAUUGUCUUAGUGGAGUUUCUGUUGCUCGAAGACUUGACUCACGAUAUCCUUAUCGGAGAGCACUCGCUGGAUAAAUUGAAGGUAUUCACGGAAAGCCAACACUCACUGCUCGCUGUCUCAGAUGCCACGGGUCCUGCAAGGCUCAACCGCAUAAGACACUUCGGGGCAAUAGAUCGCGCGUUAGCUUGGGUAGUGAGGAAACUUGGCAGCAGGACCGCACAGCAGAGAGCAAACAGUUCCUUAAGCAGUACCAACCUCACAGAUAGCCUCGAAGAUCAGCGGGAGAACGACCGGAGAGAGCGUGAGGCGGCGCGGAUAGCGACCCUUCCAGAAGCCUUCCAAGGAAAUGCUAUAGCCAUUGAGGCACAAAGACAGGCGGAGUACGAGCUCAGGACUUCUGUAGCUGUGCCUGACGCCAAUGCGGAUGCGAGUGUCGUACCAACUCUCGAGACCAAUUCCCUUCAGACUAGGGCCGAGGCGAGCCAGAUCUUCAGAUGUGGUCAUCCCGGAUGUAAUGCACCGCCAUUUCAGACGCAAUAUUUGCUCAAUUGCCACGCUGAUAUCCAUACCCAACUCCGCCCUUACUUCUGCUCGGUGUCUGGCUGCCCUCGUGCAGCGGGAGGGAAAGGUUUUAAGCGCAAAACGGAAAUGAUUCGCCACAGCUUAGGUCAUAAAUCGUCUGGCUAUGUUUGUCCAUUCUGCCUUGAUUCCGAUCAUAGAUACUCCAGGCCAGACAACCUGAAGACACACGUCCGACUCCAUCAUGCGGACAAAGAUCAGAACGACCCUCAGCUGAGGAGGGCCCUCGCUCGAAAGCUGCCACCAUUGACGCCUUCCCGUGGACGUCCAGGACAAGCUAGUCCAUAGCUUGGGCCCGAACGUUGCGGUACUGCAUUGAUAAAUGACUUG